GUCUCGAUUUACCUUCCCCCGCGAAGACGGUGGGCGGCGCAAGAUCGCAGAAGGAGCGGCACGAGCCUCGGGAGCCGUUUCCAACGGUGUUGAUUCCCUAAGGGAAAAAAAAAGGAAAAAGCAAGCAGUUUGCCCCCAAGAAGGCAGAGAGAAAAUUUUCCAGACAAAAUCGAAGCAAGAAAUCACAGUAUGGAAAUUCCGGCAAACAAAGGUUGCCCUUCGCAGAGCAACAGAGAUUCUGAUCACCGAGCAUCUCCUGGGGAUGAUCAGAACUUUGCAGCCUCAGAUAUGUGCAACUUUGGGACAGUUGGCAGUUCCCCUAGGGGUCACACAUAUUGGGGAGAACAAAUGUCAGGAGUCCCAAAUUCACACAACUAUUCCCUGAGCAGGAAAGGAACAUUUCAAUCACCUUCUCGUAGGGAGGAAGAAUCUUGGCAUCCAGGUCAAAAUGGUUUGGUGGAUAGACACAGGUCUAAAGUGGGGGCCCCUCUCUCCUGCUGCUGGGGUGAAUUAAAGACAGAAAGCCCAGCCACAAAAACGGGGAGCAAGGUUACCCAAGAUUUUAACCAAGGCACUGAAAAACUGGGGGACUUGGAUGCUGAAAAUGGCACCCCCAACAGAGAGGAGUCCUCCAAUGACCAACAGUCCCAUUACAAAAAUGGAAAUUAUAAAUCAUCUUGUUCAAACGUAGUGACCGAUAGUCCCAUGGAGGAGGAAGACUCUGCUGUGCUUGCCAUGUUCCACGCUGUGGCCAACAGCCACUUGGCAGUCCAGAGCCAACAGAAGGAUGAGCCAGAUUUUACAGCAGUCCAGAAAUUGGACAUUUUACGGAAUUUAUACCACACCAAACCUCUGAUCUUCCUGGAGCGCUUCCGAACGGUAUUGCGCGAAGAAGACUUGCCCUGUUUCCACCAUCUCUCUGGCAAUUAUGAGGCAGAUUUUUACUGCGCUGAAGUCCGCAAAGCAAACCUGGGCAAAACCCUACACACUAGGGUGAGGAACAAGCGCUACGCAGCUUUGCAACAACUCAUCAGAGGUGGGGAAUAUUUCAGCGAUGAACAAAUGAGGGGCCGGGACCCCCUCCUUUAUGAACAGUACAUCGGGCAAUAUCUGAGCGAUGAGGAGCUGCAGGAGCUGGGCCACUGUAAACUGGAGGCUUCCUGCUCCCUCUCGGGCAUCCUCCUAGAUUCCUACCAAGAGAAGGUCAUCCAGCAGCGGUUGCUGAUCCAGCAAGAGCAGGAAGAGGCCUGCCAAGAGGAGGAGGAGGAAGACAGUGACCAGGACAGCAGAGACCAAGAUUUUAACCCCGAUGCAGACGAAUGGGUCCCCGAUGAGGAGGAGAAGGCUUUUCUGCGGGAAGAGUUCACGAGCCGUAUGUACCAGCGCUUCCUGGAGGGCAAGGAUCUGGACUUCAACUACAGUGAAGUCGACGAGAACCCCGAGUUCGAUAACCUCGACAUCGUCUCGCGAGACGAGGAAGAACGUUACUUCGACGGGGAGGAACCCGAAGCCGCCGACGGCAUGGAAACGGAGGAGGCGGAACGAAGCGUUUAAGUUUCCCUGGGACGGAGGUGAGGCGAAGGCCCCCCGGGGCGCCCUGCGGCGGGGGCAACGAAACCAAGGAUGCGCGCGUGGGGCGGUAACACCCCCCCUCCCCCCAUUCUUGUUUUCUUCACCUGGCCUGAAUUGGGUGGAAGAAUCAGCUUCUCCCCUUCACAGCAAAGGAAGUGUUGAAAUCGGAACCGGCUGGCAAGGGAAGUUGGGAAGGCCCAGGCCCAUUUCGUAGCCGGUUUGGGGAAAUAAACUGCUAUGCUUCCUGAAUUCUUCUGGG